UUCACAAAACAUACCCACUUGCUCUAUUUAUUUUGUGCCUUAAGUGGUCCAAAACCAAAUUUUAUAGAGAGACAACACCACAUGCCCUGGCCACUACACCUUGUCCCCCCCUAUUGCCAAUUAUAUAUACUAAAACUUGUCACUAGAAACUGAGAUUUUUUUGCAAGGAAGAGUAAUUAACAUGUUUGGAUUGUAGUACAUUCUAACCUGAAAUCUUUUGACCCUUUUAAGUUAGCUAGAUCUUCUAUUCAAUUCUAAAUUUUUUUACUCUUUGGUGUAUCAUUAAUCUUCAGAGGAAAAUCUUAGAAGGGUAUUUUUUUGUUUUUGUGUUAUUGAUAGCAAUGGAAAGAUUGAACUCGAAGCUGUACUUGCAGAACUGUUACAUAAUGAAAGAGAACGAGAGACUUAGGAAGAAAGCUCAGAUUUUGAACCAAGAGAAUCAAGCUUUGCUUACUGAGCUGAAACAGAAACUUUCCAAGACCAGCAACACAAAAAACAAUGCUAAAAACUCUAUCCCUGAUCUUAAUCUGAGCUCAGGUGGUUCUGGUCAAAAUGCUUCAUCUUCAAACAACUGAUCAUAUCCAUCAUCAUCUAUGGUAGCUGGUUUAAUUAUAAAAAAAAAAAAGGAAAAAAAUUAUAUAUCAUGACCCCACUAAGGCUUAAUUUUUUUUUGUUAAAUACCUUAGUCAACAGUUGGUAGUGUUUAAGUAAUUUAGUUUAAAUAUUAUAAAUAUUGGGGGGUUUUAAAUGUUCUCUUCUAUUUCUAUCUUUAUUUUUUUUUGGGAAGGAGUUUGGAUAUGAAUAUCAGAAAAUACAGGGGAUGUAUCAGCCUAUAUAUGCUAGAAAGCAAAUAUAAUAUCAUAUUGUAGUUU